GAUCCACUCUCCCCUAAUUAGGACGCUCGACCCACUUUCUCUCUCUUCGCUUCAACUUUCAAUUCCACUUUGAACCUACAGACACCCACUGACACCCACUGACGCCCACCAUUCAUCUAUCCAUCCAUCCACCAUCCACCUUUAACUCCUUCCGCCGUGCCUUGCCUUGCAUAUCUAAUCUUUCCUUACUAUCCUAUUCUAUCCAUCUUCACCACACUACCACUACCACUACCACCACCGCUACCCUCCCUUCCUCUGAAUAGCUUCCUCAUCCUCUACCUUUCUCCCUCCUCCCUCCUCCCUCCCGCCGAUCGCCACUUCCCGUCAAUUCUAGUUGAUCCAUCCGACCAACAAGUCUCUCGAGGAACAAUCAACCUCCUUUCUUCGUCUCCGUCUCCGUCGCCGUCUCCUCCUUUGUCUUCCUCAUUAAAUUCGCCCCUGGACCAAAACAAGAAUCAUCGAAAUACCGCAUCGCAUCGCAUCGCAUCGCAUCGCACCCGAUCAACACACUUCCCUGUCUCAGUCACGGUCUCGAUCAUCGAUUUCGCUCAAUUGUCUCUCUUGCGCCGUGAGUACUGAGUACUCUGGUCACAAUUUCCCAUCCGCAGACGUGCGCCAUUUCACAAACACACCAUACUUACGACAACACCACAUUCGUCCUCCCUCACGAUCUGCGAAUUUUACUACACCACACAUUCUUUUAUUCCAUUACUUCGCCUCUUCGCCUCUUCGCCCAGAUUUCUUUUCCUCGUUCUGCUGGUAGAGCCAUCGGUGAUCCGGUAAUCAUAAUUUCACAACGAACCCUCAAUUGUGCGACCGCGAUAAAAUAAUCCAUAAUACUCCAAGGGUGAAGAAGAAAGGUACGAAACGGUCAAUCGCGACGAUACGCGCGCAGAAGUCAACCGUCAACCAUUGAAGCACGGCCGCAAUCAAUCAAUCUCCACCAAGAAUUAAUCUCACGAUACGCCGGGACCCUCCCAAAUUGUCAAUCAAGUGGCUAGAAGAAUCGCUUUACCCACGAAUACCGAGUCAUAUCUGGGGAUUCACUUCCUGAUUCGUUCAAGUCUAUCGAUUUAAUCACGCCCUAACCAUUGAUUCGAUUCUGCAAGAUCGUCAACAUCAAUUUGUUCAUGCAGGGCCUCUUUGGCACCAGUCUAUAUUCAGAAGGUAUUUUCCGAUAUUUCUAUUGAUAGGAUCUGUUGAAGUUGAGAAGUGAAUUCGAGCUUCACAUUGGCUUGGAUAUAUUCACUUCGCGCGUCCCAAACCAUCGAACGAUUUUAAUUACUUCGGAUCACCCACCCAAACGUUCGUUCUGGAUUCUCUUCCAAGCCACUCUCUUUUCCGAUCUCUGCGAUUUUUCCAGCCUUCUCCUCACACGUCCAAUCUCCUGUAAUUCGGAACAUUGCAUCGCAACGAGUGAGACUUGCUUCUGGCGUUCUGUCCAAGAUCGAAUUCCCACUUUUCCCAUUUUUCCCAUUCUCGAAUUCGACGAUUUCCCGUCGAAGAUCAAACCGUUGCAGCUCAAGCCAUCAAAACGAUGUCACAUCACCAUGAAAACGGGUCAAGUACCCUUCCUCGGGGUUUCCGCUUUCAUCAUCUUGAAGGAGAUCAGCCAACUACACCCGAACCCUUCAACCUUGUUGGAUCCGAGGGUCCACCUUCUCCACCGCGUCCAAAUCGUUUAAAGGUCAGACGACGAAAUGUGUCGAACUUGCAAGCACCAACUGAACAUUUUCUCGCUUCUGUUGCAGCUGCAGAUAUCCCUAUCCCUACAAUUGAGGAGCCACAAAUAGCUCCCCACGUAUCGUCAGAUUGCGAUAUGCCAGACCGAGACCCACUUUCUAUCAGUACAUCUUUCUUGGCCCCGCAUACAUACAAUACAAGAUUCUCAUCUCCUCCGAAAACUCCAAUACCUUCUUUAGCCAUGGAAGAAACAAACGUUCAACGUCCCGAUUGGGGAAUGGGACUCUCAUCGCCAAGCGAGCUUGAUAAUGAACGACCAACAUCUGCCGCAUCGUUCCGCUCCGAAGAUUCAUUGUACAGUGAAGGUCAUCUUUCAAGGUACUCUGAAGAUGGUAGUUGUACAAGUCCUGAGUCCGAUUGCGCCGAUCCAUUCUCAUUUCCAUCAUACUCAAAAGCCAAGGGCAAGAAGCUACACAAUGAAGCCACCAAAUCUAACGACACCGUUCUCAACGCAAAUCUUCGUCACAAGACUCGAAAGGAUGCACCAUGGACGUCGGCAAUGAGUGCUCAUUUAUGGUCGGUCUAUCUCCUCUAUCUCCAAGAUCCAGUCGUGACACCCUUUCGAAUUGGAGCUUGUGCUGUGCCUCCAGAAGGUGUAUGUCAUCGUGUUGCUCGUCAAGCAAAGAAGAGUUGGAAGGGACCCAAGGGAAUUCACAGUACCAAAACGUCUAAUCAUACAUCACGUGCGGCACCUUCUGAACAUGGCCAGCUUGCGACCCCAAUUGAAGACCGACAACGAACAUACACACAGUGGCCUCACACAAGCUCAGCUACUCGGGCACAUCUUCGCGAGCUUUGCAAGACAAAAGAUACCAGCGCAGUUCAACGACAUAUGCACCUUCAAUCUAGGAAUUCUACACCUUUCACACAACAUAAUCCUCGUUCACGAUACAGAACUCCCGAGCCACGAAUAUCCGUUCCCAAAUCUUUCAAUACCAAAGAUAUCUCAUUAUCGUUAACGACAAGUACAUCCGAAACCAUGCAACCAAAUGGACCUUUGGCACAACUCGCGACUUCCCAAGAAUCUUCCAUUGCUAGACCACGCAGAUCUAUAUGUCAUCCUAGGGGCUGGGUUCGAUCUCGUACUACAAAUUUGAGCCUGGACGACUCGAGAACUCGAAGUCUUGGGUCACCAUUCAUGGCUCGUACGUAUGGACCCAGUUCGACCAUGGAUGGAGCAUUUGAUGAACCUCGACCUUCAGCUUUUCGCGUUCAUUCUGAUGCAAUAUCAGGCCCAGGGCCUGCACCUCGUCUUAGGUCACCUCUACAAUUUGAUGCUCCUCGUCCUUCAAACAACAAGGAACAUAAAAGGCGAGUUCAAAAUCAUUUUGAAAACUUAAAUUCUGGUGGAGUCAUCUUGAAGCCAAAUAGCAUGAAUGAGCAAAUAUAUGGUAUGCCUCUCUCGGGAAAUCAACAAAGACGAGUACGAACUAGAGCAUUCACCAUUGGUGAUGAUCUCUUCAGAAAUCGCAUGCCAGGAUUGUUUCAACCUCUCCCAACAGGACCAGAAAAGACGGGUCUUGUUCCCGAUAUUAGCCCAUCGCCAAGAUCCCAGCCAAAGCUACUUCCAUCAGCCACAUUCGAUGCUCCACGUUUAAGAUCACCUUUUAUGGAGAAACCAAGUAAUACAUUUCCCAGAAGAACUACUCAUCAAAAAACACCCGUUCGACACUCUGGAAUAGUGACUAUGCAUAAACCACGUCACUCGAUAGAUUCUUCCGAUUUCGAUGAAAGGCCAUCAUUACAAUCAAGACUUAGUCGACUUGAUACUAGGCUUGCUGAAAUCAGAGAAAAGGAGAAUGGCAGUGGAAAUUAAGAUAGUCUAUGGAUUGAUGUACAAUAGUCGAUCGGUCAUUGUUCCAUCGCCUCCUGGGACACAUUUAUUUUUUUGUCUUGCAUAUUUGCGCUUUUAUGCCCACGAUAUCCAUGAACUAUGCGCUGUUGCAUAUGAAGCAAUUUGGAGUUUCUUCAAUUCGAAGUUUGAGCUCUCACUCAUCUAGCGGCGCCUUGAUUCAGGCACAUAUACUCUUCGUUGAAGCUACAUAGCUUCUUAUUUUAAUCGGCAUUGGUUUCCUUGUAUUAUAACUUGCUCUACUUUCGGGAUUGGAAUGAACGGCACGUUGGGAAAUGAUUGUAAUGAUGUUAUGAAAUGUGGUUGGAGGGGGAUCUGAUAUUUUAUUUGCAUUGAGCAAAUGCUUCUUUGUUUUUAGUCUUUUUACUUUUUUUAUUUUACAAUCCUACUUAUGGUAGAUGUAUGGUACUUACUGGAUAUGGAUAUGAUAUUCGGGAGUUGAUGCUGUGCAUAUGAGGAAAUGGAAAUGGUAUGGUUUUAGGUGGUGUAUGUAGAUAUGGGAACGGAUGGAUAGGAAGGGAAAAUAAUUCAAUAUCAUACAAUUACUUCUUUGCAUUUAUCCGUCAGACAUCGCUCUUCAUUAUACAUCAAGUGAUAAUAAUUAAUUGUUUCCAGAUCAUCCAAUUUGCACUGAUCAUCUUUUAGCUAUA